UCGAGCAAUGAUAACGUCAACGGACACGCAGGUCAACGCAGCACUGACACGAGCGAGCUCUACGAACUGUGACGCCUUCGCUCCGAAGAGACCAAAAGUCCUUAGUCUUUAGUGACGGUCUCGCUAUCGACAUCGACAGUACCAUAGUUCCAUUUACACCUGGAGCCCUUCGAGAGAGUCCAUCAGCUUCCGGGGUCACGCCGGGAUCGCGCCUGCGUAACUUCGUAUUAAAGGGGAUAGAUCCGUGUCGGAUAUAUCGACGACGUAAAUACGCGCGUCCGGAUUGACGUGUCCUCUUUCUGGGAAAACCAACUGGAUAUCAAUUCCGCGAUACCGUCCUUCUGAUCGAUCGUCGUUUCAAAAAUGAUACCGUGGGUAUGACGUAGCGCGACCAGUCCAGCACGAUUUUCGCGGCGCAAUUCCGCCCAGGUAUAUAGAUGCGACGCACGGAUAUUACUAUUAAAUGGAGAAGCAGUGAGUGAUUACUCCGUUGAAUGGUGUAGCGGAAGCUCGGUUCGCGCGCGCGCGUUGAUUUUCUAGAUCGAGUUUGCGGUCGCGUAUAGAUGGAUAUCGCGCGAUGAGAGGUGUUUAUCGGAAAAAUAAAUCGAUAUGGGAUCGUGAGCUGCGACUAUAAUGAUGGCGUAUUCGUUCCACGGGAUCGGGAUUAGUUGUGGUUCGAGGUUCGCUCACGAUACCAUCGCGUCGGGAGAGUGAUUUCGAUAACGUCGCGUCGCUGCGUGCAUGUGAAGUGAUUAAAUCGAUUCGAUUUCUUGUUGCGAGAGAUGCGACGAAACGUUCGCUUUACGGGCUGAGGAAUUUCUCAAGGACAAAACGCGAACUGUGUCUACAUAUACGUUCGUUUGAACGUAUACUUGUUGCGCAACGAGAAUAAAAAUGUGAGAGUGUUGAAUAAAAUAAAAUAAAAAAUUCGCGCAUUUUUGCGACCAGCCGAUCGAUUGAACUGUCAUAAAUGCAGUGACAUCGAAAGCGAUGCCUAGUGAUCACGCGAACGCACGUCAUCACUCCAUUUUACGUCUUCCGUUGAGUGUAUUACGAGCUAGAAGAAAAUACGACAUCCGCCGCAUGGCUCGACUCGGUGUACUGAUACACCGUGGCAGAGCGAACAAUGGAUAUGAGAAGAGCAGAGGCUAAGUAGCUAAGGCUGCAGGUACAGGAACGGAGACGGCGCGAGGGAAAGAUUGGAGUAACGAGGCGCGACAGAAAGCGCGAGUGAACGCGAGGGAGACCGAACAGAGAGGAAAGGCUCGGCUAUUGUGACAAAGUCACGUGGGGAGACAAGUGUGGAGUCGUACGAAAAAUGAGGGAGCACGGUCUGCGAGAUGUGUGGCGGCUGGUGUGGUUGCUCUGUCUCGUUCUAGCGACGGGUCUGGCCCAAAUAUCCCAGGUCUGUCCGAACCACAACGACAUCACGCCCUGUUACUGCAGCAUGAAGAAAUCCGGCCUGGACAUUGUGUGCGAGAUCACCGACAUGCAACAUAUCAGCAAGGCCAUGUCCUUGCUCAAGAGUAGACCGAACCUCGUGAUAUUCUAUCUUAGGCUUAGGCACAACAACCUGCCCAAGUUGCAGGGAUACGUGUUUCUUGGGCUCGACAUACGCCACCUCACUAUCCACAAUAGUAGCCUCGCGGUGCUCGAGGAAUCCUCCCUUAGUUCUUUGGGAACGGAAUUGACACAGCUGGAUCUUUCCCAAAAUUCGCUAACUAGCGUCCCAACUGUCGCGUUACGAGAUCUUCACCAUCUUCUGAUUUUGAAUUUAAAUCGUAACAAAAUCACAGCCAUUCACAACAAGGCUUUUGAAGGUCUCGAUACACUUGAAAUCCUAACGCUUUACGAAAACAAGAUAUCUAGUAUAGAGCCAGAUGCAUUCAAAGGACUUGAUAACCGGAGACUCAAGAGGCUUAAUUUAGGUGGAAACGAACUUACGAGGAUCCCAACUCAAGCUUUAAAUUCGUUAGAUUUGUUAAAGAAAUUAGAAUUGCAAGAAAAUCGUAUAUCAACCGUAGAAGAAGGUGAUUUCGAAGGAUUGAAAGCACUCGAUUCAUUAGGAUUGGCGCACAAUCACCUUCGCGAAGUCCCGGCGCGUGUAUUCUCCCACUUGACGCAAUUAAACUCUUUGGAACUUGACGGAAAUCAAAUUACUCACGUGGAUCCCAAUGCAUUCAUCGGUCUAGAAGAAAAUUUGCAAUAUUUACGAUUGGGAGAUAAUAAUUUGCAUUCAGUACCGAGUGACGCUUUACGACGUUUACAUCGCUUACGCCACCUUGAUUUGCGGGCAAAUAACAUCACUGUACUUCCGGAGGACGCUUUCACGGGCUACGGAGAUUCCAUCACUUUCCUUAAUCUACAGAAAAAUAUGAUUAAAACUCUUCCGCCCUUGCUAUUCGAGAAUCUUAAUUCGCUGGAAACUUUGAAUUUGCAAAACAACAAGCUCCCACAUAUCUCAGAAGAAGUCACAGAAAGUAUCGUUGACACUCUACGUCACAUCGAUAUAACAGAUAAUCCUCUGAUUUGCGACUGCGACCUGCGAUGGUACUCUACGUGGCUCGCAAAUCUACGCGACAAGGACGACGAGAUGAUGUCGAAGAAGCGAACGGUCUGCACGAUGGUUUCGGAACAUCGCGAGUACUCCGUGCAAAACAUUCCGCUCGAAAGGAUGGGUUGCGCAGGCAAAAAUGCCGGUAAAUACUCGUCGUCGACCGGAUGUAAAGUGUACGUCGACGUGACGUUACCGAUAUUCCUUCUCGUCACCGCUUUGGUAUAAGUCCGAGGUGCAGGAUGACUUCUCGCGAUUGCAAUACCACUUCGACUUUUCGUUUCGAGACGGUUUUAACGGGAUUACGAUUUAGCAAUUAACGUUUGCAUUAAGCGCCGCUAAAUAGAUAUCGCCACGAAUCAUGAUGGGUUUCCUUUAUUCGUCAGAAUUUUCAUCUUUCCUUUUCGAGGUAAUCGUGACGCGAUAGCGGAGACGUGUCACGAUUCCGCGAUGAACAUAGUCUUGUCGUAGACGUAGAACCUUUUGUAGAGAGACUAAAGUGUGAAACCUUAUCAUCAUACGCGCAAUAAUUUAAUAUAUACUCAUAAUGAGAUGUGGCCUGUCAUCAAAAAAAAAAAAAAUAAAAAUGACAUAAGCGAGCCUCGACGCGAAAAGUUGA